CACUUUUGGUGUUUGAGUUAAAGGUCACCACUUGGGUCGGAUAGGUCGUUGGGUGAUAUCGGGUUAGGGUUCUAUGAGGUCUCGGAUAAGAUAAGAGAUAACGAUAAUCAUUCGGGAGCUCCAGCAUCAAGUAAGAGCGCAGGUGUAACACCAGGCAGGUUCGAACGUCUUGAGAGAUCUUUUCCCCGCCCGCCAUAUAUUCUCUGUUCCAAACUUCAUGAUCUUCUAGAAGAUGCAUGACUGAGACUUUCUGCACCAGUCGUCCAACAUGAAGUCUGCCGUGCCUCGAGCCCUUCGCAACGCUCGCCGUAUCUUCCCAAGAGCUUCCUCCACCAGGAGCUCGAGCUUAAGCUCAUUACCAAGACUUGGAAACAACCGUUUGAGUGGCACCACCACUUUGACAUCACAACACCGUAACUUUUCUGCUACAACGGGGUUACGAGAUAUUGAUGAGGACAAAGAUCGAAAAUGGUCAACUCCUCUUGCCAAGCAGCUGGCAGCUGCCAUUGAGUUGACUGGACCAAUUCCCCUCGCCAGUUUUAUGCGCAUGUGUUUGACUUCUGAUAUCGGAGGUUAUUACACUGGAGCCAUUGAGAAAGACCGGGAUCAGUUUGGCUUAAAGGGUGACUUUGUCACAUCACCAGAAAUCUCACAAGUAUUUGGCGAGCUCAUUGGUGUAUGGUUCCUAACGGAAUGGCUAGCUCAGGGACGCCAGAGUCAGGGCGUCGAGUUAAUUGAAGUUGGGCCAGGACGUGGCACUCUCAUGGAUGAUGUUCUUAGGACAAUACAAAGCUUCCCAGCCAUUGCCAAUAGCAUAGACGCCAUCUACAUGGUUGAGGCCAGUCCCGAGCUGAGAAUGGCUCAAAAGAACCUUCUCUGUGGCGAAGAUGCUCCCAUGACCGAGUCCAAGGUUGGCUAUCACAGCGUAUGCAAAUACAACGCCCUGCCCAUCGUGUGGACCGAGACCAUCAAGUCAAUUCCUAUUGCCCCCCAAAAAAUGCCCUUCAUCGUCGCCCACGAAUUCUUCGACGCCCUUCCCAUCCACGCUUUCGAACUCGUCUCCGUCCCUGCCUCCACAUCAGAAGCUCCUUCCUCAACAGACAACUCCUCCCCCUCCAACAAGAUCACCACCCCAACCCUCCAAUGGCGCGAAAUGCUCGUCUCCCCCACACCCCCCGGCUCAACCCACGAAUCCCUCAAGACACCAGCCACCCAGUCCAGGGAGACCCCACCCCCCGACUUCCAACUCACCCGUGCGACCUCCUCCACCCGUCAUUCCCUCUACCUCCCCGAAUCCUCCCCCCGCUUCCGCGCUCUCAAAUCCACCGUCGGCCCCGGCGCCCUCCUAGAAGUCUGCCCCGACGCCUCCCUCUACGCAAGCGACUUUGCAGCCCGGAUAGGCGGCUCCCCCCAGCACCCAAAACCCAAACCCUCCGGCGCAGCUCUUAUUCUUGAUUACGGGCCUGGAGAUGGAACCAUCCCCACCAACUCCCUCCGUGGCAUCCGCAAACAUAGGCGUGUCUCCCCUUUUGCCGAGCCCGGACUUACUGAUUUGUCAGUUGAUGUCGAUUUUGCGGGCAUCGCGGAGUCGGCUACGAGAGCGAGUGAAGGGGUGGAGGUUCAUGGACCUGUUGCUCAGGGGGUUUUCUUGGAGUUGAUGGGGAUUAGGGAACGGGCUGAGGUGCUGGCUAAGAGGGCGGGAAAAGAGGAGAAGGGGAGGGCGGUGGAGAAGGCUUGGAGGAGGUUGGUUGAUAGGGGGCCCGGGGGGAUGGGGAAGGUUUAUCAGGCUUUGGCGAUAUUGCCGGAGAAUGGGGGGAGAAGGAGGCCGGUUGGGUUUGGGGGGGAGGUGGUGCAGUGAGGGAUUGGGGGGGGUGUAAGAUGGGGGGUGUUGUGGGGGGAGGUGGUGUAAGAGUAUACGAGAGGUUAUUCAAUGCGUAUUUGACCGGUGUGAACAAUGGAAUCAAGACAGAAAAGUAGGAGCAGCUAACAACUGCGAAGUUGCUCCUUCUUUCUAAAUGGCCAACCAGAGUGACCUG